AUGACGGCGAAAAAAGGCAAGCUUGGCAACCUUAUUGGCGAUGGCGAGCGUGAAGAGCAGCUGUCCGUUUCCCAAAAAUAUGCCAAGAAGUACAACGAAAAGAAAGACAAGAUGGAAGCUGCCCGCGUUGCUCAAAUUUUUGCAGACGAGGAUGUAGGAAAUACUUCCGAGGAAUCGACGGAGGAUGAGAACGCAGAUUUAUUGACGCAGCGCGUGGAGUCAAAAAUCUUCGACACGUUGACGAAGAUAAAGGCAAAGGACCCGUCGAUUUACCAAAGCGACACGUCCUUUUUCAACGACGAUGAUUUCAAGGAGUUCGCUGGAACCAAAGCAGACAACCAACCUGCAACGAAAAAAAUGACCUACAAGAACUUCAUCAGGACCACGCUUAUGCAAGAGGGCGCCGAUGCCAUCGCCAGGGAAGAAGAGGACGUGGAAGCGAAGAAACGGAGGAAGACGCCGGCUGAGGAACAACGUGACUUGCAGAAUGAAAUUCGAAAGGCGGCCGGCACUGCAGCAGAAGAAGGCGACCUGUUCUCCCUCAAAGAGCAAAGUCUCGAGGAAAGACAGCGCCAGGAUGAGGAGUUUGCCAAGUUUCAGUCCAUGGCAGAACGCAAGGGAGACAACGCGGAGGCGAUCAUGGCAAAUUACUGGAGAGGUGAUGAGGACUUGGACGAGAAAGAGCGCUUCUUGCGCGACUAUGUGGUGAACCGGCAGUGGCUAGAAACAGACUCGCUUCAAGCUCAUGGCAGGAAAGAUGUUGCGGACUUUGACUUGGAGGAGGAGGAGGAUGAACAUUUGGGCCAGGCGGAUGAGUUUGAGAAGGAAUACAAUUUUCGAUUUGAGGUAGAAGAGGGUAAGCAAAUACAAGGUCACGCGAGAUUUCCGGAGAAUUCUGUGCGGGAUCGAAAUGACAAGCGGAAACGUCAGCGAAAGGAGCGAGCUGAUCGCAAGGAAGCCGACAAGGUGCGCAGAGCAGAGGAAUUGAAGAGGCUGAAGAACAUGAAGAAGCAGGAAAUCAAGCGCAGGCUACAGCAAAUCCGCGAGGUGACUGGCAAUGAGGACUCGAUCCUCGGUGCGGCAGACUUGGACGAUGAUUUUGAUCCAUCAGAGCAUGAUGGGACCAUGGCAAAGAUCCUGGGCGAGGAUUAUGACGAGAUGGAGGAAAAGCUCACUUCAAAGGAGCUCGUACGCGGGCCUGAUGGCUGCAAUGACCUGGAUAUCUCGGAAGCUCCAACUGAGGGUCUGCGGAAACACUGGGGUGUCGGUUCACAGGCUGAGGACUCCGAAACGGCUGCUGUGACACAGGGAUGGGAUAAGAACACAGAAGAGGAAGAUUGCGAUGAAAACGACGAAGAGGCGGUCUCAAGCAAGACCCAGCCCUGGAAUGAUCGCACUCUGCAGGACUUGAAGGGCGCGCAGGUCGAAACUGGUGAUGCAGGCGCAUGUUGCAGUUGGCACGGCUUUGCUGCCCUCAGUGAUCCACAUGCCCCAGGUUCAGGCAACAUGCUGGACGAGUACUUUCAGCUUGACUAUGAGGACUUGAUGGCUUCAUGGAAGGACAUCAUCGGUGGAGAUUUGCCUACGAGGUUCAAGUAUCGCAAAGUGGAGCCGAAAGACUAUGGCAUUCCUGCACAUGUCAUCCUCUCCAAGACAGGUGGGACACACAAUGGACACACAUUUCCACGCUUGCAGAACGACCGAUACAGGUUGUCGCACAGUGCCACGUGGUCAGGAAAGGAGCUGAACCGCAUGGUCUCCAUCAAGAAGUUUCGACCCUAUCGAGAGGAAGAUCAGGCAAAGCACGCCUGUAUGUGUCUUCAAGAUGCCCAUAUCUGUGUUCAUGGCUUGUUCCGCCAGGCUGAAGGGAACAGUCGUGGCCGAGGUCGGGGCAGGGCAGGUGUAGGUCGUGGACGCGGAGGGCGGCACAGCAAGGAGGACACAGUCCAAUAG